AUGGGUAACGUACCAAGCGGAGGACAAAAUCCGUUCAAUCAACUGCCAGGAGCAGGUAAUCAAAAGAAGAAGGACGAUAAGAAGAAAAAGAAGGAAAAGAAAAAGUUUGAACAGCCCACGCCAACUCGUAUUGGUAGAAAGAAGAGGAAAAAGGGUCCACAAAUCGCAGAGAAAUUACCUGAAGUUACUCCAUUAUCAAAAUGUAAACUUAGAUUAUUGCGAUUGGAAAGAAUACAAGAUUAUCUUACAAUGGAGAGGGAAUUUGUUACCAAUCAAGCCAAGCUUUUAUCUGCACAAGAAAAAUCCAAGGAUAUGGAACAAGAACGUAACAUGGUGGACGAACUGAGAGGAUCUCCAAUGGCCGUCGGAACACUUGAAGAAAUUAUUGACGACAAUCAUGCCAUUGUAUCGAGUAGCGUUGGCCCUGAAUUCUAUGUUUCAAUCCUUUCGAUUGUUGAUAAGGAUCAAUUGGAACCAGGAUGCAGUGUCUUGAUGCACAACAGAUACCUUGCUGUAGUUGGUAUUCUUCAGGAUGAAGCUGAUCCAAUGGUCUCUGUCAUGAAAGUCGAUAAGGCUCCACUUGAAUCAUAUUCACAAAUCGGAGGUUUGGAAGAGCAAAUUCAAGAAAUUAAGGAAGCUGUCGAGUUCCCAUUGACUCACCCCGAGCUUUAUGAAGAUAUUGGUAUUAAACCACCAAAGGGAGUGAUUCUUUAUGGUGAACCUGGUACAGGAAAGACAUUGCUUGCAAAAGCUGUCGCUCACCAUACCAGUGCUACAUUCUUGCGUGUAGUUGGAUCAGAAUUGAUUCAAAAGUAUCUUGGAGAGGGUCCAAAACUCGUUCGUGAACUGUUCAGAGUUGCAGAAGAAUUAGCACCAAGUAUUGUAUUUAUUGACGAAAUUGAUGCCAUUGGUACAAAGAGAUUUGACUCUACUUCAGGAGGUGAACGUGAGAUUCAAAGAACUAUGCUUGAAUUAUUGAACCAAUUGGAUGGUUUCGAUUCAAGAGGAGAUGUCAAAGUAAUUAUGGCCACAAACAGAAUUGAAUCUUUGGACACAGCUUUGAUCAGACCAGGUAGAAUUGAUCGUAAGAUAAAAUUCCCAUUCCCUGACAUCAAGACAAAGAAAAAGAUCUUUGAAAUUCACACACGUAAGAUGAACAAGGCAGCAGAUGUAAAUUUGGAUGAAUUCAUCUCCUCAAAGGAUGAACUUUCUGGUGCCGACAUUAAGGCUGUUUGUACAGAAGCAGGUUUACUCGCUCUCAGAGAACGUAGACUUCAAGUGACACAAGAUGAUUUCACCAAAGCCAAGGAAAAGGUUCUGUACAAAAAACAACAAGGUAUUCCAGAAGGCCUCUACAUUUAA